AGAAAAUCUACCUAGAUUUUAGAUUUAGAUACGUUCUCUAGGUGAGACUUGUGUAUGUUCUGUGUACACUAUAACAUAUUUUGGCCCUCGCUAGACCUUCGUAGAUAUUUCCUAGAUUAAAUCUAUACCAAUUUCUCUAUGUGGUGUGUACAUAACAUGGUAGAUUUGAUCUCGUAAAAACGUAUAGGCAUUAUUGCACCGUAGUUUGUUGGAAGUAGUUUGAAAUAUCGCGAAUUAAGAAAAUUGCAGCUGCCUCUGUUAUUUUAAUAACGAAGAAGACAAAAAAUGUUGAGCUAAAAAACAAGAAGAGAAGGAUGUGGGUUAGGAGCUGGAUUUCAAGAAGACUGGAUAGUGGUUUUUUUGCGCAAUUGGUGAAAGAAUUACACAGCGAAGACAUGAAUUCAUACGCCAACUUUUUACGCAUGAGUAAUAAGGACUAUGAAUACUUGCUUCAAAAAGUUGAACCAUUGAUUACAAAACAAGAUACUCAUCUUAGGCUAGCUAUUUCACCUUCAGAACGGCUCAUGCUUACUUUACGGUUUUUAGCAACAGGAGAUAUCUAUCAUUCCCUGCAAUACCUUUUUCGGAUUCCAGUCACGACCAUUUCAAGGAUUAUACCUGAAGUUUGUGAAGCGAUAUUUACUUUGCUGAAAACGGAUUAUCUCCAGGUAAGUAAUUUUCGUAAAACUGCCUGAUUGGAGGAAGGUUUGUAGUUGUAUUUGUUAUCGGUGCCUCUUCAAAACUUUCAACCGUAUUUGAAGUUGAUGGGUAUGUACUCGAAUGUGAAUAAGUAGGCGACAUUAAAGGUGUAAGUGUCCUUGAUCCAUAAAACUCCACUUCAUCUUCCUCGCUCAUUGCAACUAUAGCUUUCUGGAU